CCAUGUGCUGGUUCCUCAGGCCCACCCAUUACGGCAGAUGAAUCCUCAGCUGCUUUGGUGUAGCUCAGCACCCAGAUAGUCCCAUCCCCUCUGCGUGGGUGAGAAGGGACUACAUUACCAAUGAUGCCCGCCUCUAUACGGGCAGGGAGCCUGAAGGACCCAGAUGUGGCUGAGCUUUUCUUCAAAGAAGAUCCAGAGAAGCUUUACUCUGACCUCCGAGAGAUUGGCCAUGGCAGCUUUGGCGCUGUCUACUUUGCACGGGACAUACGCACAAAUGAAGUGGUGGCAAUUAAAAAGAUGUCCUACAAUGGCAAACAGUCUAAUGAGAAAUGGCAGGACAUUAUAAAGGAGGUGAAGUUCCUGCAGAGGAUCCGGCACCCUAACAGUAUAGAAUACAAAGGUUGUUACCUCCGAGAGCACACGGCAUGGUUGGUGAUGGAGUACUGCCUGGGCUCAGCCUCCGAUCUGCUGGAGGUUCAUAAAAAACCUUUACAAGAAGUAGAGAUCGCUGCCAUCACACACGGUGCUCUGCAGGGGCUGGCCUACCUUCAUUCCCACAAUAUGAUCCACAGGGAUGUGAAGGCAGGAAACAUUCUGCUGACUGAGCCUGGGCUGGUCAAACUGGCCGACUUUGGCUCCGCCUCCAUCGCCUCACCUGCAAACUCCUUUGUGGGAACGCCAUAUUGGAUGGCCCCGGAGGUGAUUCUAGCGAUGGAUGAAGGCCAGUAUGAUGGGAAGAUUGACAUCUGGUCCUUAGGGAUCACCUGUAUAGAGUUAGCGGAGAGGAAGCCUCCCUUGUUUAACAUGAAUGCAAUGAGUGCCUUAUACCACAUAGCGCAGAAUGAGAGCCCCACUCUGCAAUCCAGUGAAUGGUAA